AUGGGCCAGGCCCGGGGUAAUGUUGGGGAGGGUGGGUUGGGGAUUGAGUUCCGGGGUACUGCUGCUGCUGUGGUGCACCUGAGGGAAAACCUGGGUACUGUUGCGGACCACCUGAUGCACCAACUGGGUACUGUUACUGAGCACCUGGAGGGGCACCUGAAUACUGUUGUUGGGCACCUGAGGGACCCAUCUGGGUACGAGGGAGGAGGGCCCUGGUACAAGGCAUAUUUCACCGACAUUUGGGUGCAGAGCGUGUCAGGCUCGGAGGGGUUAUGUUCCCGACUCAUCUCAACUAAACGACUCCCUGAUGUGUCUGCUGUGUCGACUAACAUCCCCCACUCUCUCGCUCUACUUACCUUCACCUCCUCUACACGCUUCUCCCCCAUGCUUGACUCCCACCCUCCCACCGUUUCCCUUUCAGGGGGUGGACGUGCUUCCUCUGACUCCUCCAUUGCCAUGCCAAAUACUCAUACUCUCUCAUCCCACCUGGUGCAUCUGCUGCUCCCCCAUGCCUCCUCCCUCCUGCACUGUGCCGCCGUCUACCUGCAUGUGGUCGCAUACAACGCUGCAGCCAUCCGCUUCUAUCGCUCGCUGCGCUUCUGCUUCCGCCGCCGCCUCUCGCGCUUCUACUAUCUCGAAGGGGGCGAGUACGAUGCGCUGCUCUUUGCACGCUACGUCAACGGCUGGUCACCGCCCGACUCCAGGUGCGGUGCAGUGCGGUUUCCGGGGGUGUGUUGCUUGGCUGGCUGCAAGGCGUGUGAGAACGUUGUGUUUGUGUGUUCUGCUUUUGUUCCCCCAUGUGUGUGCACGCGGGUAUGCACGGCUCUUAACCCCACGCUACCAAUCCGCUUCUAUCGCUCGCUGCGCUUCUGCUACCGCCGCCGCCUCUCCCGCUUCUACUAUCUCGAAGGGGGCGAGUACGAUGCGCUGCUCUUUGCACGCUACGUCAACGGCUGGUCACCGCCCGACUCCAGUUGCAAGGGCCGACUCUCCAGCUACUGCAGCCUGCAUUCACAGCAGCUUCUACUGCAGUGUCUGCUGUCAUGUCCCUAG